AUGACUGAUGAUGGCAUAUGUGUUUUUGAAAACAACUUUCAUGAAAAGGGAGUUAGUUGUAAUCAAAAUUAUUGUAGUUAUACUGAUAAAUUAAAUUUUAGAACCUGCUUGCCUUAUAUUUCUCAUUAAGUUACAGGAAGAGUACUAAGUAAUAAUUAGUGUAUUGUAAGAGGCGAAAAUAUAAAUGCAAAUGUUAAGUCUAUUUGUAAAAAAGGGUACUGUAGAUUGGUAAAUCAAUACCAUGUAAGCUGCGUAGAUGUCAAAGAUUAAUUUUAUAUCAAAAUCAUUGGAAUUUCUAAGGCAGGAGAUUGUGUUUUAGAUUUAAAAUAAAUUAAAAACGCUCAUAGAUUAUCUUAAGGUGUAAUUUGCAGUGAGAACGAAUGUUUUGAUGGGAUAACCUGUAUUCCUCUUGGGUCUAAUUAAAAUUCCCUUUCUAAAUUAAUAGAUCAAUCUUGCGCUCCCUUAAAUACCGAAAAUUCUAUGUCUUGCUUUUAAAAUUAUCCAGCCUGCUUAGAUUAAAAUAAUACUUGCCAAUUAGUAUCUAACAUCAACCUGUAGUCAAUAGGAAAUACAUAAUAAGGAUUGUGUGUACAAAUAAAUUAGUCAUAUAAAAAUAUUGGCUUUUGCAGUAGUUAGUAUUGUAUUUAAGAGUAAUCGGAUUUAACAUUUUCUUGUGUACCUUUUGAUGGAUCUCCUUAGGCUAUAGGAAUUGACUAAUAAGGAUACUGCCUUACUUCUACUAAACUAGCUCAUUCUUGCUUUAACUCUAAGAAUGUUUGUUAAGACCCCUUAACCAAAUUUUGUAUAGAUAUCUCUUAAAGUGACAACAUUUGUGCUAUCAAUGGAAUUUGCUAUACAAUGUCUUUGAACUAAAUACCAUAAUAUAUUGGAAGAGAUAAAAAUUAUUUAUGCUUAUAAAAUUCAUAAGUUUCUCCUUAAAAUCUACUUGUAGAUAAAUGUCUUAAUAUACCAAGCUCAAUUUGCUAAAAGAGUGAUUAAACUUAAUGCAUCCUUUAUAAUGGUUCAACAACUUAUUUAGGAUAUAUUAGUGGCACAGGAUAUUGUGCAUAAUUAGGAUAGAGUACUUCCUUAACAUAAUAUUAAAACAUUAUAAAUUUAAGCCAAUCUUAUUGCCAGGACAACAACUUUAUUAUUUAAUAAGUUAAUCCUUAAUUUUAGGGAAGGUAUUAAUAAUAUCAAAUAUGCAUUUCUACAUUACAGUCAUAAAAUAAUCUAUCAGUCGAAUUUUGCAUUUCAGGUUACUGCAUCAGUAGCUCUAAUUCUUGUAAAUAGAUAGGAUUUGAUGGUGUUUAUAUUGCUAAGUUAGCAGAUGGAACUUGUGGUAUAGCUUAGUAGGCAACAGCUAUUUAAUGUGGUUGUAUAAACUGUGAUGUUUGCUUUUAUAACUUUUAGUCUUGUUAUUUCUUGUAAGACUAGGGCAUAACUUCAGGGGUUGAUACUCUAGGAAAUUGUUUAAAUGCUGGAACUUAUGUUUCAAAUUUAUUGAAGUGUCAAGAAAAAUAUUGCCUGAAAAAGAAUCAAAGUGGUUAAUUAGCAUGCUUCUCAAUAGAUGGAUUAUCAGGUUAGUUCGGUAUAGAUAAUAAAGGAUAUUGUUUAAAUAUAAACUAAUCUGGAGCAGUCAAGUGUACAUAGAAAACUCAAAGUGUUUGCUAUGACUAGGAUAAGUAGAUGUGCGUUUAAACUCUUAGUUAUGGCGUAAAUUAAAAUGGCUGCAAUUUUAAUUCAAUAUGUUAUUAGCUUUCACUGCAACAAUUUAUAGGAAGAGAUAAAAAAUACAACUGUUUAUUGAGUUAAUAAUCAUCUCCAUAAAAUUCGUUAAUAGAUAAAUGUCUAAAUUUACCGAAUUCUAUUUGUUAUAAGAGUGAUUAAACUUAAUGUAUCCUUUAUACUGGAUCAACAACUUAUUUAGGGUAUAUUGAAGGAACAGGUUAUUGUGCAUAAGUAGGUUAGAGCACUUCUUUAACGUAAUAUUAAAAUAUCCUAAAUUUAAGUCAAAACUAUUGCUAGGAUAGUAGCUUUGUUAUUUAAUAAACCAGUCCUUAGUUUUUAGGAAGAUAUUUACAAUAUUAAAUGUGUAUUUAUUCACAAUAGCCACAAAAUAAUCUAACUAUUGAAUUCUGUAGUUCAGGGUAUUGCCUUUAUAAUUCUAACUCUUGCAAAUAGAUAGGAUUUGAUGGAGUUUAUAUAUCUAAAUUAGUAAAUGGUACUUGUGGUAAUGCUUUUUAGACGAUAGCUAUUUAAUGCGGUUGCUUAAAUUGUGAUGUUUGCUUAUAUAAUUCCUAAUCAUGCUAUUUCCUAAAAGAUUCAAGCAUCACUUCAGGAAUAGAUACUAAUGGAAAUUGUUUGAAUGUUGGAACUUACACUUCAAAUUUAUUAAAGUGUCAAUCAAAUUAUUGUAUUAAAAACAAUUUAAGUGGUUAAUCAGCUUGUUUCCUAAUAGACGGAUCACCUGGUUAAGUUGGAGUAGAUGAUAAAGGAAAUUGUUUAGAUGCUAAUAUGCCAGGAGCCAUUAAAUGUUCAAAAACGAGUUCUAUUUGCUAUGAAUAAGCAAACUAAAUGUGUGUUUAUUAUCAUUAAAAUUAAAAUGGCUGUAUUUUAAACUUUACUUGUUAGCAGUUUUCUUUACAACAAAAUAUAGGAAAAGAUAAAAAUUUCUAAUGCUUACUUGACUAGUAAAAUAUUGAUGGGACACAAGUCGACAUAUGCAUGGAUGACCCUGAUUAAGUGUGUAAAUCAAGUGAUUAGAUGAGAUGUGUUUUAUAUAGAAAUUCAAAUGUAUACUUAGGAUACAUUUAAUAGACUGGAAUUUGUGCUUAAUUUAACCAAAAAACAUCCACAAUUUCAUACUAAACUGUGCUGAAUUUAAAUUAAAUAUACUGCUAAAAUAGCGAUUUCGUGAUAUAAAAUAUAUAGCCUCAAUUUGUAGGAAGAGAUGGUGUUUACUAAAAAUGUUUAGUAGACUCUUAAAUAUCUGCAUAAGUAGAGUUUUGUAUUUAAAGCUACUGCCUCGCUGCUGACAAUAGCUGUAAAAAAAUAGGCUUUGAUGGAGUAUAAAUAGCAAAACUUCAAAAUUAGUAAUGUAGCACAGAUUCAUAAAAUAAUUCAAUAGAAUGCGCUUUUAUAAAUUAUGACGUUUGCUUACUAAAUUAAGUUUGCUAUUGGUUGUCUUACUCUAAUAUAAAUACUGCUGGAAUAGAUAUUUUUGGUAACUGCAUAUAGAGAGAAGUAUUUAUUGCAAAAUAAAAUAUAAAAAAAUGUGAAAUUCAUCAUUGCUUAGUAUUAAAUCUUAAUAAUGCUAAAUGUACUCUUAUAGAUGGUAUUAAUUUUGCUGGAAAAAAUGAAGAAGGAUUAUGUUUAACUCUUAAUUAAUCAAUAGCAACAGUAUGCACUAUUUUUAACUCCUAUGUUUGCUUUGAUCAAACCAAUAAAUAUUGUACUUUGACAACAACUUUUGGAACUUAAGGAGGAUGCUCUUUGAAUGGUAAUUGUUAUCCUUUAUCUAGUACCUAAUACAUAGGUAGAGGUAUCAAUUAGUAAUGUUUGACAAGUUUAUAAUAAGCAAGCGAUAAUGUUGAUAUUUGCUUUAAUGAUACUAAUUCAAUCUGCUUUGAUUAAAUAAAUCAUUGCUGUGUUAAUUAUACAAAUUCUGCUUUUUAUUUAGGAUAUAUUAUUGAGAAUAAACAGUGCGCUGUAAAUAACCAAAUUACUUAUUAAUUAGGAGUGAUAGCAAAUGUAAAGAAUUUGCAUUAAAAUUAUUGCUAGGAUACUAAUGGAUUUAUUAGAUAGUUAGAUGGAUAAUUAAAUGUUGGAGUAGACUCUAAUAUGUUUAAGUGCUUAAUUCCAAAUUAGUAAGCUGAUUCUAAAGCUAUAUAAUGUUACGAAGGAUACUGUGUUAGUAAUAACUCUUGUCAACUAUACAACUAAAUCAUGAUAGGAAGAGAUCCUUAUUAUAAUUGUUUGUCAGAAGGAUAGUAAAUAGCCAUUUAAUGCUCUACUGCAUAUGCCUGUUUAGAUACUGUUUUAAAAGCUUGCUUUAAAAUUAACGAUACUAAUGCUAAUCACUCUGGUAUGUAAACAAACGGAUAAUGUGUAGUUAGUGGCUAAUAUUAUUAAAGUAUUUUUAAAUGCUCCUAUAACUAUUGUAAAUAAAAACUAAAUCCUUCAGAUCCAAAAUCUUUUGAAACAUGUUUACCUUUUGAUGCUAGUUAAUAAAGAAUAGGAAUAGACUCAAAUGGUUAUUGUGUUUAGUAGGAUAUUCCAAAUGCAAUCAGAUGUAUGGAAGGGUAGUUCUGUUUAAAUUAGUAGAAUGGAAAUUCCUGCUAAUCUUUGCUCUUUUCCCACUAAGAAAAGAGAUUUGCUCGUCAAAAGUAUACAAAUUAUUGCUUACCUUAUUUAAAUCAAGAUGGCAAAGGAGACAGUAUUGAAACAUGUGUACAAGGUUCUUGCCUUUAUACUUAUCCCAUAAGUGGAAAAGACUAUUGCUUUACUGAAGGAGGAUAAUAUUUUGGAUAUUUUAUAGUAGGAACAGACAUUUAAGGAUAUUGUAUAAUUGAAAACGAAGUUUCAAAUAUAUAAAUAGCAACUUGUUAUGGGAUCACUUAUUGUAUUUUAACAAUUAGACCAGGAAUCUAUAAAUGCCAAAAACUAUCAGAGCCUCUUCCAAGCUAUCCAAAUCUUAUUUUUAGGGCUAAAAAUGUUAAUUAAACUUGUUAGGAUAUAAAUACUAUAAAUAGUAUAGGGUGCUUAGAUGGACAUUAUUGUUUAGACAUCUCAUCAAAUCAAUGUGUAAAAUUAAAUCCUGAUAAAAUGCAAAAUAUAGGUAGAAAUGCGUCUGAUCAGAAAUGUAUACCAUAGGGUGUAACUAUAGCUAUAUAGUGUGCUUAAAGUUAUUGUAUUAAAGCUAAUAUUUGCAUACCUUUAUCAAUUGAAAAUCCAGGAAAAGAAUUAAAUACUGACUAUUGUUUACAUGAAAAAAUGGAAGGCAAAUUUGGGGUUUCUGAUUGUUUCAAAUAUGGAUUCUGUUCUAUGAAAAACUCAAUAACUAAUUUACGCUCAUGCUAUAAACUUGAUUAUAACAAUUAGAACACAAUAGGUAUUGAGAAAGAUACUCAAUAAUGCAUUCCUUAGAAUUAGUCAGUAGCAGUAAUGUGUGCAAUAUAAAGGUAUUGUCUUGAUAUAUAAACACAAUAAUGCAAAUACAUAGAUGCUAAAAAAAAUAUGUGUGUUGAUUAGUUCGGUAAAUGUGCAACAUAUGGCUAAUGUUUUUCUUGUAAUAUUGAUUAAUGCCUAGCUCCAGAUUUAUCUUGUUAAAAUUUAAUUUCAGGCUCUAAUAUUUAUUGCACAAAUAACUUAGGUUAAUGUUCUUAAAUUUAAUAUGGAGGUUGUAUUAUUUGCCCUGAUGAAUUUUGCAUGGUUAACAGUUAUUGUUUUAGUUCUCUUUAAUUACUAAACCAAAUAAAAUUAAAUUAAUGCUUUUAAAUAGAUGAAUAUAAAAAGUGUUUGUUGAAAACUAUAGAUUAAACUGACUCUAAUGGCAAUAAUUUUUGCUCUAACAAUAAAGGAUUUUGCUAAAACUUGUCUGUAAGCAAUGAUUAAUGCUUGUAGUGCCCACAAUAUUAUACUAACCCUGGGAAUUAAAAGUGUUAUAGUAUAGAUUAAAAAUAUUCUUUUUAAUCUAAUAAGUAAUAAGUUUAUUUUUAAAUGAAAUUGACAUAUGUAAAAUAAGACUGCUAUGAUUAAAAUUAUUGCCAGUCAAAUAUCAAAUCAAAAUGUCAAACUGGGUGUUAUUCGUGCUCAUCACAAAAUAUUUGCACUUAAUGUGUAGAGGGGUAUUUUUUAUUUUAAGAGUCCACUAUAAAUUAGAUAUGCAUUUAAUGCCCUAAUAUUUAAUAUUAAUACAACGAUCUUAAGCAAUAUUAUAAAAAUAUUCCAACUUAUCGAUGCUUAGAUUGCUCUUCUGAUUAUGGGUUGUGGAAUAAGAUUGGAUCAAAUUAUAGAACUUGUACAAACUAUAUUAUAUUGUUAGACAAUGUAUUACAAAUUGUUAAUAAUAAUCUUCAUGCUACUAAUUUUAUAUUGAAUAAUAAAAAUGGUUAAUAUAGUUUGAGCGCAUUGGAUAUUAGCACAUGCUCUAAGGAUUGCUUUUCUUGCAUGUAAAUAUCUUCGUUAUAAGCUGUUUGCUUAUAAUGUAUGUCAGGAUAUAUUUUAUCGAAUGGAGUUUGUUAACCUUGUCCAAAUUAAUGUAUUAAAUGCUCGUAUGCUACACUUAUUUAGGGUUUUAUUACUUUGCUCAAUUAAUAAAAUGUAGAUUCUUCCUAGAUUUAUAAUGGAAAUAUUAUUAUCAUCUGCUUGUAGUGCUAAAUUAAUUAUCUGGUUUCUUAUAAUCUUCAAUAUUGUACAUAAUGUGGCGAUAAGUGUAACUAUUGUUAAUAUGGUGAGGAUUGUGUAAAUAAUAUUCAAAAUUGUGAAAGAAAUACUAUUGUGGUAAAUAAUGGCUCCUAAAUAAAAGAUAUUUCUUCGUAUUUAUGGUCAUUUGUUUCACCAUCAAGCUCCUUUACAUUCUAAUAUUAAUGCAAAAAAUGUAACUCAGGGUAUUCAUUAAUUAAUUAAAAUUAAUGUGACUUAAUAGGCUGCUAAUCUAUUAACUAAUGUAACAGUUGUAUUUAUAUAAAAAACUAAAAUGUCUGCUAAUAUUGUUUGGAUGGGAAUGUAUUAAGUAAUUUAUAAAACCCUCCUAAUUGUCAAAAUGAUAUUUGCUCAUAAAAUAUUUAUAAUUGCUCUGAAUGUUAUUUAUAUUUAGACUCUUAACAAGGUAUUAAUUUUUAUUAAUGCACGAAAUGUAUUGAUUAAAACAGUACUCCAUCAUUUUAUGGUUGCAUAAAGUGUCCUAUAGGAUGUUCAAGUUGCUAUGAAGGUACCAGAGAAUUUAAUUUGACGCAUUCAAUAAUAUAUGAUAAAAAUUUUUAUACUCUGCAACAAAGAUUGGAUUAUAAUAAAGACAAUAAAUAUUCAUUAUAUUGUACUUAAUGUCUUGAUGGAUAUUUUUUUGAUCAGCAAUAAAAGUUAUGUUUACCAAUUUAAUGUGGUCAAUAUUGUCUUUUAUGUAAAUUAAUUAACAACAAACCAUAGUGCAUGCAAUGCAAUUAUGAAAAACUCUAAGCUUUAAUAAGCAAGAUAUCAUAUUUUAUUGGAAAAUUAUAUUUUAAUCAAAAUUACAUUCUAGAUUUUAAUUCUAUGGUUACGAUAACAGCUUCUAGUGAUGAUUGUCAAAUUUGUCCUAUCAUGUGCGAAACAUGCAUAAAUAAUAACGAUUUAAAUAUAAAUCCUCUAUAUUUAUAUGAUUCUUAGUGCCUAUCAUGUAAAAAAUCAUAUGGUUCUAAUCCAGAUUUACUAAACUACAAAAUUACAUAUGAUAAAGUAAGAAGAAAAUGUUAUUUAUGUAAUAACUCUGAAUAAGGAUGCUUCUAUAAAAAGUAGAGAGUUAUUUACACUUAGUGCUUAGAUGCAGAAAGCAGUUUAGGUAUUGGUACAUAAUCAAAUCCAAUAAAUUACAAUAAGCUAAACGAGAUAAAUUUUGAUUAAUUAAUCCUUGACGAAAUAAAUUACAACUAAGCUAUUGUUUACUAUAAUGAACUGCAAGUAAAACAGUUAGAGGUGUAAAUAAUAUUUUUGGGAGAGCUGUGUGUUGAGUCAAAGCACUAAACAUUAGUAACUACUCUGAAAGACCAAGUUAGAUCUCUUGAAACAGCUAUUUUAAAUAUAACUACUUUAAACUCUAAUUUAAACAAAACUAUGACUUUUUAAUAGUAAGAUGCUAUCAGGAUCUAAGGAUUUGACUAAAUAAAUAUCUAAGGAAUACUAUUUUAAUAGAGUCUAAGUAUGCAAGAUAUUGGAUUUGUUGCUUCAGAUAAAAAUCUUUCUAGCUUUAACUUAUUUAACUGUUCUUUCUCUUAAUUCCUAUAAAAAAACCUCUCUAAAUAAUAUUUGAUAAUAAAUUUAUCAACUUUACAAUAAUCAACAAUAAUUUUUAAGGAUGUAUCAUUCUAAAAUAUUUAAAUAUUAAAUCAGUAAUAGCUUAUUUAGAUUAAUAAUACUUUCUCAAAUUCUUCAGUUUACAUCAAAUUUGACUCAGUACAGUUUAAUCAUGUAACAUUUAGUAAUUCAAAAAUGGUGAAGCUAAACUUUAAAAACUCUACUUUAGAUAUGUCAAAUUUGAUUUUUACAUAAUCAACAAUAGAAGAUUAGACUUUGUUACUUGAUAUAUAGUAGAACUCAUUAUAAAACCAAUAUGUCAGAAUUUUGUUUGAUAACAUCACGUUCUUUCAGAGCUACUUUUUUAACAAAUCCUAAAUCUUAAAUUCAAACUUUCUAAACUAACUAUCAAUAAAUAAUAUGGCUUUCAAUCAAUGCAGUUUUUCCUAAAUCUUAUCAGAUACAAAUCCUCUUAUAAUUUCUAAUUAGUUUGAUAUAAAAGGAUUUCAGAUUGAAUCAAGCUAAAUUAAUUAAUACAAUUUUUUUUAAUAGGUAGAUAGCUUAUUUUAUUAAAAGGGCAAAAAGCAAUAAUAUUCCUUUUCAAACAUUUUUAUAUAAAAUAAUAAAUUUAAUCUAAAAAACAAUUUUUUACUUUUAUUAUCAACCUAACUAUCAACUGAUUUGACUCUUGAAGGAAUAUUUUUAAAAUAAAAUAUAUUUCAAGAUAAAAUUAGCUCUUCUUUGAUUUAGCUAAUGAAUUUGGGUUAAGUUUUAAUCAGCAAUAUAACAACCAUUGACAACACUUACUUUAUAGUUUUUAGUGCUGAUAAUUGUAAAAGUGUUUUCCUUUCAAAUGUUUUUUAGAAAUAGAACAAUGAUUAGUUAAUAUCUCCAUAAAUAUGCUAGCUUAGCUAAAUAUAAAAUAAAAUUAAUUUAGUUAAUAUAACUUAAGAAAAUAUUAUAAUAUCUUCUAAUAUAAUUUAAAUACAAAAUAGCUUCUAAAAGCUGAAUAGCAAUCCUUUAUAAAUUUAAAUAUUGAACUAUAAUAGCACUUAAACUAAAUUAUUAUAUUAUAAUGUCACUUAAAAUUGCGCUCUUGUUGCUAUCACAUCUAAAUUAAAUUCAUAUUUGAAUUUGACUAACAUAAAUUUUAAAUAUUUUGGAGCAAUACCAUUGAUAAAACAAAAUCAAAUUGGAUAGAUAUCUUAUGGUAUUUAUUUUAAUUCUCCAAACCUUAUUGCUGAUGUUUUAAAAUCUAAUUUCACCGACUUGUAACAAAACAGCUAAUUUAACUGGAUUUCAGGUUUUCUCAAAUAGAUCACUUUCGAUAAUUGCUAAUUUUAAAAUGACAUACAGAAUUUUAACUUAAAUAACUUAGUAUAUGGAGGAUUCUUUAAAUUAAGUAGUGAAUAACUAAAUAUUAAAAAUUCUUUUUUUAUAAAUGGAAAUGCUUUUUGUGGAGGAGCUUUUUAUUGGGUUUCUUAAAACAAAGGGGGCUUAUAUUUACAUAAUUGUAUAUUUUUAAACAACACUGCUUCUAAUACAAUUUAUUCUGAAAGUUCAGGAGGUGCAGUUUACAUUGAUGGGCUGCAAUCUUUUAGUUAAGAUGUAUUAAUUGAAAAAUCUACAUUUUCAAACAAUUUUGCUUUGUUUUAUGGAGGUGCUUUAUAAAUAAAAACAACUAUCAGUCCAAGAAGUGUUGUUUAAAUAUAAUAUAGCUAAUUUAAUGACAAUCUAUCAAUCAAAGGUAGUAUCAUCAACGUCGAUAGCUCUAAAAUAUCAUAGACAGCUAUAAUUUUCUAGAAUAUAACAUGCAUUGUUAAUAUUAAUAAUGUAAUUUAACUUACUCUACCAUUUAAAGAUUAAUUAAUUGAAUAGCUCAAAUAAGGUGUAUAAAAUUAAGCUUCCCUAAUCUCAAUUAAUGAUGUCUAUGAAGUACAAAUCAUGAAGUCUUAUUUUUAAAUAUCUUCAAAAAAUUUUUAAUAAUAAGUUGAACCUUUAAUAAUAUAUUUAGUAUAUUAAAAGAUACUAUUGAUUACUAAUGUUCAAUUUUUCAAUGAAUUAAGCAAUAUUUAUGAAGGUAGCUUAUUCUUUGGAAAUUUAAUUACUCUUAAGCAAAUAAAAAAAAUACAAAUAGUAAAUAUUACCAUAAAAAAUAAUAAAAGCAUUUAAAUGCCAUUUUAGAUCACUACUUAAAAUGAAAAUUUAGCAAUUUAUAAUAGCUAAGAGUGCAUUAUAACUUUAUCAUAAAUAAAUUCAAAUAUAUGCUAAACUUGUAGUUAAGGAAUUUUAAAUAUAGUAACUAAUUAUCUGUAUAUAUAGAACACAACUUUUGACAAAAAUAUAGCCAUGUAUGGUUCUGCUUUGUUUCUUGAAUAAGCAUAGAAUGGUUAAGUAGAUCAAAUGUCAAUAUAGUAUGAUACAAAUAAUUUUUAAAUUAUUCGCUCUUAAUUUAGUAACAAUUUAGCACAGAAUAGUGGUGGAGCAAUAUUCAUAAACUAAUCUUCUCUUUAUAUAAUUUAAACUGUUUUUGAAAACAAUAGAGCAAACUUGUAUGGUGGAGCUAUUUUUUUAGAAAAUAAAGAUGAAAACAUUCUUAAAAGAACCUUAUAGAUAUCAAAGAGCUCUUUUUAAUCAAAUUAAGCAUCUAUGGGAGGAGCAAUAGCUUCAACAACAUUCUAAGGAAUAAAUUAUUUUUCUCGAAAUGAGUUUAAAUUCAACAAAGCUCUUCUUAACUAUGGAUAAACUAUUUAAGCUUCUCCAACUCAUAUUGCUACUUACCUUAACGGUAAAAAAUAGCUAAAUCUUAAAGUAUUACUGAUAUAAAAUCACCAAGGAGGGUAGUUAAAAGAUUCUAUUUAAUUUAGGCUUUCUAACGACUAAAACGAAGAGCUUCUAGAUUUUAAUUCAGAAGAAACAUUAUAAGUAACCAUUGAAAAGGGCUUUGGUUUUAUUAACUUGCAAGAAUUAAGAUAAAACCAUGGAAAUUUUGAUCUAACUAAGUAAAUUUAGAUUUAUGGGAAAAGAGGUUAAUAGUUAUAACUCCGAGUUUCUAGCAGACUAAUAAAAGCACCUUAGUAUAACUAAUAAGAAUAAAUUAUUAACUAUAAUAACACAUACACCUUUACAGUUCUUAUUUAGUUCAGUUAAUACUGCCCUGUAGGGUAUGUAGUUUAAUAAAUUCAUGAAAAAUAUGAUUUUUGUGCUGAAUGUUACGAGUCUACUUACAGUCUUCAAGUUUCUGAUUCCUGCUAUAGUUGUCCAAGUAAAGAUGUAUUUUGCAAAGGUAAAUUGAUUCUUCUACCUUCUAAUUUAUGGAGAGUCAAUCAAAACUCUUCCAAAUUGUUUGAUUGUAAAAAUUGUGUUGGAGAUUUAGAAAUUCAAAGAAUAAAAUCUUCUAAUUUAUUACUGCUUUAGGUAAAGAAAACAGAUUUAAAUUAUUACUGUAAGGAAGGAUAUGUUGGAGCUCUAUGUGAAGAUUGUGAUAGAAGUGGUCAAUAUUGGGGAGAUAAAUAUUUUCUAAAUUUAAAUCAAAAGUGUUAAAAUUGUUGCAUGGUUUACACAUAGUUAUUAAAACCAAAUACAAAUCAAGCUUAAGGGUAAAGUAUUAUCCCUCCUUUUAAACAAGCAUGUCGAUAAUUUUGA